AUGUCCAAAAGAUCACAACGAACGAGUUAUUCUGAGGAUGAUACAAGCGAAGUGAUCGAUCCUACAAGUUCGAAACGUGUUCGUUUCACAGGAGAAAGUUUCACAGACAACCGAGAUAUAGAGGACGACUUUGAAUUCAAUCACGAAGAUGUUCUGGAAUCUGCCAAAAAACGUCGUGGUGCUGUCAAAUUAGAAGGUUAUGCCAGUGAUGAAACUGAUACUAGUGAAGAUGAUGGUAUAGACCGUUUCAACCGUCGUAAAGGUGGGGGUAAUAAUAGAGAAAAAGCAACUGAGAAUGAUUUGGAAGAUAUGUUUGCAGAAGAUGAACCUGCUUCGGUGUCAAAACUAAAAGAUGAAUAUGAUACUGAUAAGAAAAAAAUCAGAUAUUUAGAUUCAGAUGAAAUUAUUGGGCAAGAUUAUACUUCUAAAGAUACGUUUGAUGAUGAAUCUGGUGAACCUAUGAUUGAAGCUUUUAAUAUGAAAGCUGAAUUAGAAGAAGGAAAAUUUGAUGAAGCAGGUAAUUACGUUCGGAAUAAAAAAGACCCAGAAGCUUUUCAUGAUAAUUGGCUUCAGGCUCAAGAAGCUUCAAAUGAUCCAAUGGAUCAAAUAUCAAUAUGGAAAGAGCUCUUGACUAUAAUGAAGCGUGGUGAGAAGUUGCUUGAUACCUUUCAACGAUUAGGUGGUGGAUCAAGCACUAAAUCUAAGAAUAAACGUGCUUCACGACAAUACUCAAAAAAACCAAAAGGAAAGUCUAUGGAAACAUCAGAAUCUUCUCAACCACCAGAACAAAAAGAACUUAGUGCCGAGGAAAUAGAGGAACAACAACGUAAAAAAUGUAUAGAACGUCUCACCGAUCUAUCCGACAAAAUGAUGGCAUUGGGACAUUUUGAUGUGUAUGAGGAGACAUGGGAGCAAAUUCUGAGAAACUUAAAGAAAGAAGGUGCCGUAUCUGAAGAUUGGAUUCCAUAA